UGUCCAUGGUUGCGUAGUGGGAGCUAGAGAGGGUCCGGGUACGUGCGAGAUGCAGCCAUAGUCACGCCACACUGCCUAAAAUUACAACCUGCUGGGAUCGUUGGUUUUGCAGCGCAUCAGAGCCGAGUGAAAGCUAGUGGACUUGAGGCAUCAUGGCUGAGCACCAGAGGCAGCGCUCUCUGUCCACCGCCGGGGAGUCUCUCUACCACGUGUUGGGAGUGGAGAAGGUAGCCACGACGGAUGAUAUUAAGAGAUCUUACAGGAAAUUGGCGCUGAAGUUCCACCCUGACAAGAAUCCUGACAAUCCAGAGGCAGCUGAUAAGUUCAAGGAGAUAAACAACGCCCACGCAAUCCUAAACGACCCCACAAAGCGUAACAUUUAUGACAAAUAUGGUUCUCUGGGACUAUAUGUGGCUGAACAGUUUGGAGAGGAGAAUGUUAACACUUACUUUGUCCUUUCGAGCUGGUGGGCAAAGGCUCUGUUUGUAUUCUGCGGCCUGGCCACCGGCUGCUACUUCUGUUGCUGCCUGUGCUGCUGCUGUAACUGCUGCUGUGGAAGGUGUAAACCACGGCCUCGGGAGAGCCCGGACCAGGAGUUUUACGUGUCUCCUGAGGACCUAGAGGCUCAAUUGCAGUCUGAUGAGAGAGUAGAGGCUGGGGGUGACCCUAUAAUGAUGCAACCAUCAGCCACAGAGACGACCCAGUUAACAUCAGAUGGGUACCACUCCUACCACACUGACACCGGCUUCAACUAACCUCCUGUCCCCCCUUGACAAUCCUGGCCUGCGGUCCUGCCUGCUUCCCUGCUCCACCUCAGUGAGAAGAAUAAAAAGAGGGGCAUCCAUCUUUCCACUACAGAAAGAGAGCCAUGCGGAGGAGAGGGACUAGUAAGCAUGGCCCAUGAAAGGAACUAAUGAAGUCACACCCCUUACACCACUCCCUGAUUGGCCCACAACGUACCCCCCUCCCCCCCCCCUCCCAGUGCGAGAAGAAAAGAGAAACAGCGUAAUUGUUUCCUUUUUGUUUCUUCUUUUGUAUUUCUUGGCCUUUAACCACACAGGUCGCCUACCCCCCCCCCCCCCCCAUUUUUCCCUCUCCCACAUUUUGCAUCAUGGUGUAGCAUGCACUGUUUAUCAAACAUGGUCUCCAGACUUUCUUUUGUCUUUAGCAACAUUUUUACUUUGCAAGACUCAUAAUGUAGUACGUGCAAUAUCUUCAAAUGAGUACAGCUCACAAGGAGGUGAAGGAGGAGGGGUUGAUUAUAUUUUAUGCUAAAGCUAAGGAGAGCCAUGGCUCAGGGAGGUGCAGGUUAGAGAGAUGAGUUGUUUGCUGAGGCGGUUGGUGCCAUCAAUUCAAAAAAAGUUGUCAUAUAUUUGUGCAAUUCUUACUUCAUGUGUACUCUUUAUUUUAAUGCCACCUGCAGUUGUCAAACCUACAGUAUGUCUUUGGCACUGUCUUUAGUGAGAUCCCCUGAGUGUUUUUUAUUGUGAAUUAUGAGAUUGUUUCAAGGCGCAGAGCUUUAUUUGCAGUCAAAACCGGCUGCUGUUAUAUUUUCUACUUUAGUUACUAGUUAAUAUUGGCUUUUUGUCAUUGCCUCAGCUCUGUUUCAGCCUGUUCUUGCAGAUUUGAGGUUGAAAGACAUUUAUUUACUGCUAUAUUGGUUUGCAGUUUCAGCCCAGGUGGAUUAGCUUAUUUAUCAUUAAUUUAUGUAGAGCUGUUGUUUCAUUUAAGCCUAACAAGAGUUAGGAUGGCAUCCUUUGUAAUUUGUUUACAGUUUGGUAAAGAAUCUAAGGCUUUAUUAGAAUAUUAUGAUAAAGGGCCGCUGUCUGCUCCCCUUUGUAUAUAUAAUCUAUUCUCCAGAUGUCACAACUUAAUGAGAUUGAAAUGCAUUUAUUAAAUCUUAUUGUUGAAAUUCUUGUUUACUGAAUGAUAUAUAAUGAAGCCAAGAAGCUGCAGGUAUUCCAGCUGUGAACAUGCAGGAAUGAUGAUCAGCAGCAGCAGCAGCCCUGGCUCAGAGGGUGACAUGUUUUUAACUCUAAGCUGUCUUGAGUGUAUUAAGUGGUUAAUGUAAUGUGAGAAAACAUGUGACGCUCUUCAUGGCUGGGAAAUAAAGCUGACAUGGGAGUAUGUUAGGUAGUGAGAAAAAAUGAUUUUUUCAUCACGUUUUUAGUCCUUGUGUUUUGAACUGAAGUCUAAUGACUUUGACAUUUUGUCCGAUGCUGUGAUCGUUUAUCAUUGUUGACUUUUUUGAAUCCUCACAGAGUAAGAAGCUCGUACGGCAUAUCAUGUGUGAGCCAGUGCUACAGGCAGCUCCAAGUAAAAGUGACUCUAGAUUUUUUCAUAUUAUUGAAUUUGCAUAUAUUGCAACACAUUUGCAAAUUUGCCAUAAAUUGCCAUGAACAUCUUCGCCACUUUGUCAGUUUUCAUAACAGCUACAAAUGUGUUUUAAUGGUUUACAAUUGGUGAGCUCCUGUCGCCCACCCUCUGCUAUUAACGGUAUGGAUGUUGACCUCUGUGGCCCUUGUAUGAUGUUUCCUGUAACCCUUGAUUCAACAUAGAUGUUCCUGUCAUGGCUUUUUCAUUGAGAUACUGAAAAAUGCUACUGUAAAUGUUCUAAGUUGAAUGCACUGUGUGUUGAAAAAAACUAUAAUAGAUCAAUGAUCAGGAAAUGACUCCAUAAAAAUACAACAUAGUAUAUAGUGUAACUAUAGUGAAAUGGUUAUAUGAUGCAUUUUUGGAGUUUUAUUUAUUUCAUACUUUGUCAUGUUUCAAAUGAUGAUCAGCUAUAAUUUCAAUGGUAUGGUGUUGUAAUGUAACCAUUACAUUUUGCAAGGAAUGAUUUAAUGGUUCAGGUCGCUUGUACAUACACUUGGCCCAUAUAAAGUAUAAACCUUAACGUUUCUGUUGUAGCAUGGUAAUUGUGUGUCUGGAAGAA